AUGCGUGGCUUGAAUGACAUCGACAUAUCCUACAAUGAACUGCAGGGUCCAAUCCCCAACAACAAAGCAUUUCAAAAUCCUCGGGUGGAAGGGAAUGACGGAUUGUGUGGCAAUGUUGGUGCACUAAAACCGUGCGAUGAUUCUGAUGAAUAUAAGCACAACUCAAAACUGGCCUUCUUAAUAAUUUUCCCUAUCUUAGGAGCACUUUUACUUGCUUUCCUGGCAUUUGCUUUGUUUGGAAGAAGAAGAAGAAAGAAAGAGACGGAAAUAGGACAGAGCAAUAUGUACCAAAGCUUUUUCUCAAUAUCUAAUUUUGAUGGAAGAAAAAUGUAUGGAGAAAUCAUGAAAGCAACCAAUGUUUUUGAUGAUGUCUAUUGCGUCGGGAAGGGAGGACAGGGAAGUGUCUACAAGGCAAAGCUGCCAUCAGGCAGCACUGUUGCUGUGAAGAAAUUCCAUCAGACACUUGAUGGUGACGAGGCAUCUCAGAAUAAGGAAUUCCUUAAUGAAAUAAGGGCAUUAACUCAGAUACGACUCCGAAACAUUGUGAGGUUUCUUGGUUUUUGUUCAAGUUCCCGUCACUCGUUUUUGGUCUAUGAGUAUCUGGAAGAAGGUAGCUUGGCUGCAAUCUUGAGCAACGAGCAUGAAGCUGAAAAGUUGGACUGGAGCACAAGGGUGAGACUUGUAAAAGGGGUUGUUAAUGCCUUGUGUUAUAUGCAUCAUGAUUGCUCACCGCCUAUUGUGCAUCGAGACAUAACAAGCAGCAACAUUUUGCUGCAUUGUGACUGUGAGCCUUAUGUUUCAGACUUCGGCACUGCUAAGCUUCUGAAUCCAGACUCGUCGAAUUGGACUUCUCUUGCGGGCACAUAUGGAUAUGUAGCACCAGAGGUGGCUUACACAAUGAAGGUAACUGAGAAAUGUGAUGUUUAUAGCUUUGGAGUGCUGGCGCUGGAAGUGAUUAUGGGAAAGCAGCUAGCCAAUUUCGUCUCAUCCUUUACAUGUCCAUCCACUAGUACCUAUCCAAACAUAUAUUGCUUAAGGAUGUACUGGACAAACGCCUUCCCCCUCCUAAACCUCAAGUUCUUGAUGAACUCAGAACCAUUGCGAGGCUAUCAAUUGCAUGCAGACAUUCCCAUCCACAAUCGAGGCCAACAAUGCUCAUGGUUUCUCAGGUAA